AUGUCAACAGUCAGGACCAAGAAAGACGUCGCCAAACCCUCCAACCCUCCGCCUACCAUGCCCAAGCCUGUUGCCCAGGAGCACAACAAGAAGGUUCCGCGUCGCUCGAGCAAGCCGAUCAUCAACUGGUUUCAGCGAAAGCUCGCGGGCACCGUCCGUGCUCGACGUGCGUCCGAGUCGCAGCGCUAUGGUGCGUCGUCUCCACGAGGCAAGACCGAGAAGCAGCAUCGUCGCUCGUCAGUGCCCAUGCCUCCUCCCCUUUCCGUCCACUCGCGAACUCGUAGCAACGGCACUCGUGCCCACAGUCUUCGUGGUACGAUCUCCCUCAAUGAGUCCCAAGACGACGUGGAAAGCAGGUCCUUCCGUAGUGUCUCGGACGAUGGAAUAACCUCCUCCGCCGCUCGCGAGUCCCUCUACUCGCCUGCAAGCUACCUUGAGGCAGAUGACGACGCCUCCCUGCGGCCAUUGCCUCCAAGUUCACCGCCCUCGCCGGCUCCCUCCCGCGACUCCUCCUCGUACCUGUCGCAUUCACGUACAUUCCGCUCGAUGGCGGCGAGCACCAAGCCCACCACCCUCCUCAGUGUCGACCUCACCGGGGGUAUGGCCCACAUCGCCCAGGCCCCUCCCACCCCCACGACCCCAGGUAGCCGUAUUCCGCCACACAUUCGCACCCACUCUGCAGGCCUGUCCGCUGGCUCGAUCACCUUCUCCGCCUUCCUGCCCUCCUCACCCUCUCGCCCCUCGUCCGGCAACUCCGGCGCGGCCGCCUCGCCGCGCGCUACGGCGCUCAGCGCCCCACUCUAUACCUCCCACCACCCGCGCAAUAACCCACGGCCGUCCUCGCCGCCCCCAGACGACGCGUCCAUGCUCACGCUCGCGUCCUCCGCGUUUGGCUUCCCCAACGCGCGCAUCGGCGUCGGCGCGUUCGCGCUCUCCGGCCGCGGCUCGAUCGCGGACGACGCGAUAUCGCAGUGGAGCCACACCGUGGCGCUGACGGACAGCGCGAGCCACCUAAUGAUGACGGGCGACGUUGAGGAGGGCAUGGAGGAAGGCGGGCGAUACGUCUACCCGGACGUGGACGCGAGCGUGCGUGCGCUGCGUCCCCGGAGCUCACGCCGCGGGAGCUGGGAUAGCGCGGUCAGCGGAUGGAGCGCAAACGUGCCUGGGAGCGCGGUGCUGCCCAGCCCGGGUGGAGCGAAGAGCAAGAGCAUGUGGACGGGGAGCGUUAUCACGGGUACCGGUGGGAUCAGUGUGGACGGUGGGAGAGCAGACGACAACGAUGUCGAAGAGGAGGAGGAAGAAGAAGGGAAUGGUGACGACCUGCGGACGGAAGAGGGCGUGGAGAGCAAGAUGGAUAGCUUGACCGCGUCUUCCCUCACUAGCGACGGUGCCACACCCAGCGUCGUCCCCGCCAUCCUACCGCCUGCCGAUCAACCCAUGGAAGGGUUUGCGGAGCUCUCCACCACUGUCAUGCCCGGUUCGAAGGCAGACCUGCCUGCCGAUAUCGUAUCCACGGCCACCCUCGCAGGCUCGAAGACUCGAUCCGAAAUCCCUUCUCCCCCUGGUGCUCCUACCGAUCCGCACCAGGAUGGUGCGAGUACGCCUACGAAGACGGAAGUUGCUCCCGUUGAGCUCAGCCAGGCGACCACGGUGUUGUCUCUGGAUGCGUCCAAUCCGGAUCUCGCGAAGGUCACACCUGCCAUGGCGGUUCACCAAGCCCUUUCGGACGCUGCCCCUCAGGAGUCCACAGUGGAAGCGAGCAGCCCUGCUCUUCUGAGCCCAGCACAGACGGAGUAUUUGUCGCCGUCAACACCAGCGGCGGCUUGA